GGGGCGGGGCUCCCAAGCAGCUCCAGAACCAGGUGUGUUGCUGCUGGAGAGAAGUCCUGGGAGAGUGGCCUAGGUCAGCAUCCCGAGCACUGCGAGCAUAGGUUUAGAUGGAAGAGGUGGGGAGUGGAGCAGGGAGCUGAAGACGUUCCUGUCUGCUUUGCAUCUGGAUGACUUUGAAGAGAAAGCCAUUGUAUACAAAGAAUAAAAAAAAAAAACUCAACAAAACUGACCAGCUAUACUUGGUGCACUGCUUUGAAGAGAAUGAGCUGCUGCCCAACCAUGCCAAAUUCCUUGCUGUGGGCUGUGGAUAUUUUUGGGAGAGUGUACACACUUGCCACAGCUGGCCAGUACUGGGAACUCUGCAAGGAUGCCCAUCUAGAGUUCAAGCGAGUCAGCGCAGUAAAGCAGUGCUGCUGGGGGAUUGCUUGUGACAAUCAAGUCUAUGUGUAUGUGUGCUCUAGUGAUGUCCCCAUCCGGCACCGGGAGGAAACCUAUGAGAACCAGCGAUGGAAUCCAGUUGGUGGUUUCUGUGAAAAGCUCAUGCCCAGUGACCGCUGGCAGUGGAGCGACGUGAGUGGGCUCAAGCACCAACAGCUGGAUAGUUUGGUGCUGCCAUCACCACACUGGGAGUGGGAGUCUGACUGGUACGUGGAUGAAAAUUUUGGAGGGGAACCCACCGAGAAAGGGGGAUGGACAUAUGCCAUGGACUUUCCUGCCACCUACACUAGGGACAAGAAAUGGAACUCCUGUGUGCGGCGGCGGAAGUGGAUUCGCUACAGGAGAUACAAGUCCCGGGACACUUGGGCCAAGAUUCCAUCCCAUGAUGACCCUAAACAGCUACCUGACCCUUUCAGUGAUCUCUCCAUUGGAGGAUGGGAAAUCACAGAUGAACCUGUAGGUCGACUCUCUGUUUGGGCAGUUUCUCUGCAAGGCAAGGUAUGGUACAGAGAAGAUGUCUGCCACCCAAACCCUGAGGGCUCUUCUUGGUCACUUGUAGAAACCCCUGGGGAAGCUGUGCAAAUCAGUUGUGGGCCCUAUGAUCUCCUUUGGGCCACUCUUUGGGAAGGGCAAGCAAUGGUCCGAGAAGGAAUUGAUAGAAAUAACCCCAAAGGCAGUUCCUGGUCAAUAGUGGAACCACCAGUGCCUGAAAAUGGAAUCAUGCACAUCUCUGUUGGUGUCAACGUGGUCUGGGCAGUCACUAAAGACAGAAAAGUCUGGUUCAGAAGAGGUGUCAACUCUCACAAUCCCUGUGGCACCAGCUGGAUUGAGAUGGUUGGAGAAAUGAUGAUGGUAAACGUAGGGUUAAAUGACCAGGUUUGGGGAAUUGGAUGUGAUGAUCGAGCAGUUUAUUUCCGACAAGGUGUUACACCAAGUGAGCUUAGUGGAAAAACAUGGAAAGCCAUCAUUGCAAACAGAGAGAAUGACCGAUCUCACACUGGCAGCUCAUCCAGCCUCCUUAGUGCUGGCUGUUUCUUUGGUGACGAAGUGAGAGGCAGUGGUGACUCCUUGGCUCCAAGUGACACUGAUACUUCCUCUGAGGCUGACAGGCCAGGGCUGGUGUCUGAGUAUGAGCUAUCUUCAGGCAGCAGCAGGCCCUGCCCCGAGAGCUCUGCCGUGGGCUCGGGGGCUCUGGGGGACUCCAGUGAAGAGGAGGCAGCCUUAUCUGUGAACCGAGAGGAGAAAGCUCAGGUCACCGCUCCAUCUCCCAGGCCAGAUCCUGCUCCGGCUGAGCUCCCCUGGACUAACAUUGACCUGAAGGAAACUCGGAAAACCUCUGCCCACUCUGCAGCCUGCUACGCGGAGACCACCAGCCUCUCUUCUCUGGGGCUCUUUCCUAUGGGUUUGGAGGAGGGCUAUGGAGCUGAUGAUCACCCACUGUGGGCCUGGGUGUCUGGAGGAGGCUGCACAGUGGAGACCCAUACAGUCCUGAAGUGGUUCACUGUUCAGUCAGGUCUCUCCACCUCCAUGCAGACGCUCUCCUUGUCUAUCACUCCGGCCCAGACGGCAGCGUGGCGAAAGCAGAUUUUCCAGCAGCUCACGGAAAGGACCAAGCGAGAACUAGAGAAUUUCAGACACUAUGAGCAGGCUGUCGAGCAGUCGGUGUGGGUGAAGACUGGCACACUGCAGUGGUGGGCAGACUGGAAGCCCCACAAGUGGAUCGAUGUCCGGGUAGCGUUGGAGCAGUUCACUGGGAAUGAUGGGACUCGAGACAGCAUCCUUUUCAUUUACUACAUGUUCCAUGAGGAAAAGAAGUACAUCCACAUAUUUCUCAAUGAAGUGACGGUGCUGGUACCCGUACUAAAUGAGGCCAAACAUUCAUUUGCCCUUUAUACCCCAGAGAAAACCAAACAGAGGUGGCCCAUCCGUCUCGCUGCUGCUACUGAGCAAGAAAUGUAUGAUUGGCUUGCUCUACUCAGUACAUCAUGCUCCGAAAGCCGAAGGAUCCAAGGCCGCCCUUCCCCCCAGGCCAUCUGGUCUGUCACUUGCAAAGGAGACAUUUUUGUGAGUGAGCCCAGUGCGGACCUGGAGGCACUCAUGCAUCCAAUGCCAUGUGACCAAAUGUUUUGGCGUCAGAUUGGAGGCCACCUUCGGGUAGUGGAGUGCAACAGCCAUGGUGUUGUAUGGGGCAUCGGUUAUGAUCACACAGCCUGGGUGUACACUGGGGGAUAUGGUGGAGGCUUUUUUCAAGGCCUGGCCAGCAGUACCAGUAACAUCUACAUGCAGUCAGAUGUCAAAUGCGUUUAUAUUUAUGAAAACCAGCGCUGGAAUCCUGUCACGGGCUAUACCAGCAGGGGUCUGCCUACUGACCGCUACAUGUGGAGUGAUGUGACUGGGUUGCAAGAAUGCACAAAGGCCAACACCAAGCCUCCCUCCCUCCAUUGGACAUGGGUUUCUGACUGGUAUAUUGAUUUCAACACAUCUGGUGGAACUGAUCGAGAAGGAUGGCAGUAUGCAAGUGACUUUCCAUCGUCUUAUCAUGGAUACAAAACUAUGAAGGAUUUUGUCAGACGAAGACGAUGGGCAAGGAAAUGUAAGCUGGUGACCAGUGGGCCCUGGUUGGAAGUUGCCCCCAUAUCUCUCUGGGAUGUCUCCAUCAUCCCUGGUUGUGAGGAAGGCAGCAAGGAUUCAAUUGCCCUUUGGGCCAUCAGUGACAAGGGAGACGUUCUCUGUAGGUUGGGCGUGUCAGAGCUCAAUCCAGCGGGUUCGUCCUGGCUGCAUGUUGGCACGGAUCAGCCCUUCAUUUCAGUGUCUGUCGGGGCUUUUUACCAAGUCUGGGCCGUGGCCAGAGAUGGCUCAGCAUUCUACAGGGGCUCUGUGUCCCCCAAACAGCCAGCUGGUGAUUGUUGGUACCACAUUCCUUCUCCUCCAAAGCAGAAACUAAAACAGGUGUCAGUGGGACAGACAUCAGUAUAUGCACUCGAUGAAAAUGGCAACUUGUGGUACCGACAGGGAAUCACCCCCAGCUACCCACAAGGAUCCAGCUGGGACCACGUCUCUAAUAAUGUCCGCAAAGUUUCUGUUGGCCCACUGGACCAGGUCUGGGUCAUUGCCAAUAAGGUUCAAGGAAGCCACAGCCUGAGCUGCGGGACUGUGUGUCACAGAACAGGAGUGCAACCCCGGGAGCCGAAAGGGCAAGGAUGGGAUUAUGGCAUUGGGGGAGGAUGGGACCAUAUUUCAGUCCGGGCCAAUACCACCAAAGCCCUGAAGAGUGUGUCACGGGAGACAAUGGAAGACAAUUUCUCCAGGACAACAGACCUAGAAGAGGGAGAUGGGAGUGGGGAGAGCGGCUUCUUUAACAAGACGAUGCUUGUCAUGAAUGCAGUACAAGAGAUGAAUGGCAGUGCAGUGACCUGCUAAGGAGUCAGGACAACCUUUGCCCACUGCAGGGAACUUCAGCCAGGAGGCUGUUUUAGCAGCAGCAGUUCCCUGUUGCUGCUAGAUUUUGUAGGGUCUAGAUUUACUAUGCGAGCCUUUUACAAUUAAAUUUAUUUUAUUCUUGUAUUGAAAUAUAACUGUUUGUCCCGAGAGAGAAGAUAGGCAUAGAGCCCGUGCACGGUUUGAGGGAAGUGGCCAUUUCAGAGGCCACCCCAUCACCUCAGAAAUGUGAAUUUUUUUGUCAUUGCACUUUUGUCUCAAAUCUGAUAAAUGUCUUUAAUCUUAUCUUUCCAUGCCUCUUGGAGUGUCUUACCCCUACAUUCUUGUUCUGGUUGGGUCCUCUUCCCCAGGAAAACCACAGUCAUGGGAAAUAGCUCCUUUGUUCUCCUUCUCGCUCUCUCUACUCAACUAUCACCACAAACAGGAAUCUGAGUCCUGGUUUGGGAGCCUGUCCUUUUGGUAAUGGCAAAGGGGAGGCAGAGCCUUGGGCCCUAAGCAGCAUCCUAACUGCAGACAGGCCCAGGCAAAGACAAGGGGAAGAGAUGCAAGGGUUGGAGGAAAGAAUUUUGGAGGACUCCUCCCUCCCAGAGGGUAAAGGAAGGAGAGUUAUUAUUAGCACUGUCCAGUCCCUUUGUCUCCAUCUAUGGCUGAAUCAUUUCUGAGCUAGGAGUCCCAGAGGCCCUUCUUGAACUGCUCACUUACUCCACCAGAAAAGCAUGAUACUUCCAUGCUCACGAAGUUCGCGUAAGCCCCUAGUAUUUCUUAGAGCCUAACACUGGACUUCAGUGGGGAAGGAAAGUCAGGAGAGUUGUGAGAUUGGAGGCAACAACCAGAUGGCCAGACCUCCCUCACUCACUGUGGUCUUAUUUCAUUUUUCUUUUCCCUUGUUUGUUAAAAGGGUUUUGUUUUUCUUUUGUUACACACACUUUCUUUUUCUCUUUCACUUAGGCUAUAUCUCCAUAUAAAGUGGAAUUUCAACAUGAAACAAAACAAAAUGGAUAGAUUUAAUCUAACAACAACCAGUUAAUGAAGUGAAUUGUUUGGGGAAAAAAAAGCAGUUGGACUUAAUUCAGCCAUGUCUGUGUGUAGACAUAAUACUACUGAAUUUUCCUUAUUUUGUUGCUGUUUACUUGUGCUGCAAAGGAAUGUGCUGCCAUAUUUAGAAAGAAUUAAUUUGAUAUGACAUUAGAUUAGAGAGAGGAGUUUUAGAAAAUUGUAGUUUGUCCAAAAAACUUGAAUUGACAUUGUUCUAAGUAGUCUUUAACUUAUAUUAUUGUAACCAAAUAACACUAAGGCCAAGGAAGGAAGACUGUAAAUUUUAGGACUAGGCACCUUGAGGGGAAAAGGGAGUUGUUUUUCUCAGCCCCUCCCCUGUGAGCAUUCAGUAAUACUAGUUUUUGAGUUCUUCAGUGAACUGCCCUUAUGAGAUAAGGCUUGCUGUUCCACUCAGAAAAACCACUGCCCCCGUUCCAUCAGCUGAAAUUAAAUUGCCCUUGGUUUUGAUCUGUUUUACAGAAGGGCAAUGAUGGAUAAUUCUUCUGUCAUUUUAUUGCCAGAUUUACAUCCUGUUGGUGAAAUCUUCUCUAGUUUGUCUUUCCAAACUGAAGACUUUUGCAUGUGCUGUGAAUCAAAAACAAAUGCCCAUUCUCUUAUUAUUUUAAGAUUAAAUAGAAGCUGAUUUAUAAUUAACUUUACCCAGAAUCAGCAUCCUUUUAAUUUGAUCUAUUUUCUUCUGUUGUUAGGAGAGAGGAAAGGCAUAUACUUAAUUAUAUUCCUCUGUGUUGUGUUUUAUUACACAUGAACAGGAUUGUGAACGAAAAGUUGCUUUGUGACUUCAUCUCAUGAACCAGAUUUGAAGUCCUGAAGUGAAUGUCUUUUUUGCAUGUAUUGCAUCUUCUGGCAUUUUUGACACCCCGGUAUAGAGUUUGGAUGUCCCAAAUGGAAAACUAUUUAAGAUGGUUUGCUUAAAAAAAGAAAAAAGAGAGAAGCUUGUUUACUUACAGUGGGUCGAUUUCCUAUCUUGUUUACAUGUUGCAUUUCAAGAUUUCCUUGUAAAUGGGCAUUAUGUUCUGUAUUUUCCUAAAAAUCACUCCCAGGUUAUGCUGUCGAUUUCUAUUUGUUUUCAAAACAAACUCCUUUAGGGGUUCUAACUCUGCACUCACUCAAAGGGUGAACUUCUUUUUCCCUUUUGAGAAUCGAAUGUUUACAUGAUCACCAGUACCAAAUUCUCUCAAAUUUCCAGAAUUCUUUGAGUCAAUAAAAUAUAUUCCAAAAUAAAA